GUGAACCAGCUGCACGCACCGGGAAGUGAGCCGCUGCGUUCAAACCCAGCGACUAAUGUUUGGAUUUUACAGAUUAAGCACGAAAAGAUGCGAAUAUUAAUAUCGGAGUCACGCAGUAGUCUGUAGAUUGAGGAGUUCAGUGCAGCCGGACAAAUGAGUGUGCGCGCUUUGUGGAUUAUUUCUCACGAGAAGGGUGAAAAUGUGUCAGUGCGCUUCUCAAGGAGGUUUGCCACCGUGGAGCACCGUGCAAAGAGCCUGGCAGGUUCCUCAUAUGUAGCAGUCCCAGAAGAAAACACCCUGCUGCAGCUUCUGCUCACUGAGCUGGGGCUUUCAGACUCAGAAAAGUCCUAUGUAGCUCUCAGAGAUGAUUGCCUUCACCGGCAGCGAUCCCCAGCCAUGGAGCUGCGUGUGGAUGGUCCUGGAAAGGGAAUACUUUGGCCAGUGUUGGCCAUCUCGCAAGGGCCUCUUAUCCUAGCUUGCCUGCCUUUAGUGGAUGCCCCUGUUGAGCCACGGCCACCACUUGCCAGCCUGCUGUCUGUCUCCCAGGGCCUCACGCUCCUGGCAGGUCUGCAGACUUUUCUCCUCGGCCCUGGGGGUAAGCCUGAUAGCGAGGGGCUGGCCUCUCGCCUGGCGAUGCUGCCUGCUAUACUCCUGCAGGUUUGUCCACUUGGUUCACCUCUGGAUGUGCCAAUCCUAGGGGCACCUGCUACACCCACAGUGCCCAUUCCUGCUGGGAACCAGAAGCAGCCAGUCUGGAAGACAGGGCUCCAUCGCGGUCGAGCUGUGGUGAACGUAGCACUGAUAGAAACAGUACGCUCCAUGCAGUAUGGUAAUCGGAGCAGGCAAGACCUGUGGGAUGUAUAUGGCACUGUGACGUGCAAAUGUGAAGUGGAAGGGGUGCUCCCAAAUGUGAUGGUGACCCUCACACUGCCACCUAAUGGUUCUCCGCUACAGGACAUCCUGGUUCAUCCUUGUGUCACCUCACUGGAUUCUAGUAUCCUGACUGCUAGCAGCGUGGAUAACUAUGAUGGCUCAGCUUUCUCCGGGCCAUAUAAGUUCCCCUUCUCUCCUCCUCUGGAGCCUUUCAGACUAUGCAGUUAUACAUCUCAGGUACCCGUUCCCCCUAUUCUCGGCUCAUAUCGACUGAAGGAAGAAGAGAACCAGCUGCAUGUGUCAGUAACCCUCAAACUUCAUGAGAGUGUGAAGAACAGCUUCGAGUACUGUGAAGCACACCUGCCAUUCUUUAACAGGGAUCAGAUGGGUGUCGUGGAUGUGAAGGUGAGCUCUGGACAACUGGAUGUCUCAAAGGAGAAGAACCUGCUGAUCUGGGCCAUGGGACAAAAGUUCCCUAAAUCUCGUGAGGUCACAAUGGAAGGCAAGAUCAGCUUUUCUGGGCCAACACCAGGACCCACUGACUCCCUCUGCACAGAACUUACAGCCUAUAUCAAACUGUAUUUUAAAGUGCCUGACAUGACGCUCUCUGGGUGCAGUGUGGACCAGCAUUCGGUGCAAGUUUAUUCCUCUGCCAAACCACGGAUUGUAACAUCCCGAGAACUUGUAUCCAAAGAGUACUUCAUAUGGAAUUCAACAGGAACUGCUCCAGUAUCCUCUGGGCAGAUGAUGCUAUAACAUGGAUACAUUGGUGGAAAGGUGCACAGUUAUACUAUAUACCACAACAGGACUGAAGAUCAAUCACACCAUAUGUCAAGCAUAUACCGUGAUCUAGACUGGAUGUGUGACCCUGUGAAAUAUAUUUGUUACCUGAGAGCUCAAAAAUGAAAAUGUAAAUAUCAGUGAAAAUAAUUUGUAGCCCAACACAGUUUACAAUGUUCAAAUUUUGACUGAAAGUAUUGAUUUUGUUAAUAGAUGCAUACUAUUUAAAAAGAAUACCUGCCCAUGUAGUCCAACUUCUUUUAUCCCUCAGCCUUCACCCUCCCACAAAUUUAUCCCAUUGCAGACACAAGGGCCACCCCUCGCUCUGACAGUCCCACUUCAGUGACUCUCCAUCAGCCGGAUAAUUAGCAGCUGGGGCCUUGUCAUCAGCUGUUGUGGGCCUGGAGUAGAGGGGCGGCUGGGCUGUGAAAGGCCAGGCUGCUCUGGCCAGUGUCUUGGCUACAAAAGGCUCCUCUUUUAGAGCUGGCAGGAGUCCUUGCCCCCCCCCCUACAUCACUACCAAUCACUCCCCCCACCCCCUUUUGACCCCGACCCCACCCUGUCAACUAGUGGCUAGUUCAAACACACAGCCUCUCCAACCAGACUGUGAUUGACCGCUGACCCUCUGGCCUUCUGAGACUUGAAAGCAGCCGGUCCCAUUCAGCGAGCAGGGACCUGCCUAAUUGGUGAAAAAGUCACAAGGAUGGAAGUGCUUUGGUUGCCUCUUGAAGUUACAUUGGUGCUUUAACUCAAUUAAUGCAGAACUUUAAGUAUAUGGUUUUGGUCUUUAUUGUUAUAAUACAAGUGUCAGGGUAGACCUCCCUUUAUAACCAAUACUGAAUUAUAAAGAAAUCAUUUAAAGAGAGGCAAUUCAUUCAUUGUUUGUCACUGUUUACUAUUACCAACAUUUUGACGAGUUUACACACACACACACACACACACACACACACGUACACACUUUACAUUACUAAUAUGUAAGCCUCACCUCAGUGUAUAUUAAGUUGACUGACGAGCUAGCCGAUGAAGGGUUAAAUCAGAGGAGAUUGUGCCCCACUAUUCCUCAGCAGCCAGACUCCUCUGAGUGCCCUCAUUGUCUGCUGCUGGCCUCUUGUGCCCCUUGCUGGUCCAAAUGCUACAUUCUCACGUGGAUUUCCACUCAGAAGGCUGACCAUGACCAAUCCUCUGUCAAUUGGAACCAAUUGCUCACACGGCAUCCUUCACCUUCUUUUUAUGUAGCAGUACGGAGUGGCAGACACUGAGACCUCUGGGCUCUCCCCCCUCCAUGAUGAUUUGGCUUUAAGGCCCAGUGUGUAUGGCUAGCGAACUGGAAAAGGAGAAGGUUUUUUUUUUUGAAGAGUUGGGCCACUCUAAAUCUCCUCAGUAUCCCAAUAUGUGGUCAGUCUGGCUCCUCAAGUCUGCAGUCAGUGGCCUCUCACUGGCAGACUUUGCUUUGUUAAAUGAAUGGCUUGCUAAGUAGAUGGACUCGUUUUAAUGUUUUGCUUUGCUCCAGUCCCUUAAGCUCAUACCUUUAGACCUUUUUUUUUCCAGAAUCAUUAAUUAUUUAUUUAAUUUACAGUUGUAUACACACACAGGAAAGGGAUUGACACUUUUGUACAAUAAUCACUGAAAUAAAGCAAAAUGGGACAAAAUAAAUUUGUGAAAGUAAA